UGUCUCUGUUCUGCUCCUCGGCUCAGUGUCUCUUAAACACACCUGACUUUUAUCGCCGCUUUCCUCUCUCUCUCUCUCUCUCUCUCUCUCUCUCUUUCUUCGGAGCAUCCAUGGCGAUUCACGGAACGGUCAUCUUUCUGGGUUUGCUCCUGCUCCUUGAAAUGCAUUCUUUUUCCACAGUGUCGGCUACUGAUUGCCCCUUAGAUUUGAGUGGGUCAAACUUCACAUUGGCUGCCUCCAUAUGCUCCAAGAAAGAAGACAGAGCAAGGUGUUGCCGCUACAUUAAUGCCCUUGUUGCAGUAUCUAUUGCUCACUAUGCAAAUCUGACGAGCAACCUUGGGGUUGCUUCAGAUCUACCUCAGAUUUGCCUCAAUUCCAUUUCAGAAACCUUACAGCUAUAUGGGGUGACAAGAAAUGCAACAGUUCUUUGUGGAUUGGGGACCAGAAUCCCGGUUAAUUAUGAGUGUCAGGGUCGAACAACUGUCACACAGAUGCUUCAAUCUCCUAAAUUUGCAGAUGUCACAAAAAAUUGCAGGCUGCCACUUUCAGUGGAAAGUAAUUGCAGAAAAUGUUUAAAUGCUGGUAUUCUUUAUCUUCGCAAUUUGGUAGGGGCAGCAGAUAAUAUGACAUUGAGUACUUGCCGGGAUGCAACCUUUGUUGCGCUUGCAAGCCAAGUUGAUAAUGUGUCAGCUGUCAACUUUGCGAGCUGCUUCUUUGGGGUUCAAGGGCUUAUGACUCCUAUAGCUUCAGAGCCAUCCCCAUCUUUGCUUUCACCUGAAGCAUCUCCUAGUCGUCCAGUUAAUGCUGCUAGCCCAAACCAGCUCUCCCUGAGUCCAUCUCUCAACAGAAAACACCAUCACUACCAUCUCACAUUAGUUCCAGGUCUGGGCAUAGUAGUUACAGCAGUUGCUGUUAUGAUGCUGGUAGUGUUGACAUUUCUGAUUCGUAGGAAAAGCCGAGAACUGGAGGAUUCUGACAACAUCAAUAAGACAUCUCAAAAACCCUUUGCUCGGCCUUCAAGAAAAUUUCCAAAAGACCCAUCAUCUGCAUUCCGAAGUUUCAGUUAUAAGGAGACAAAAUAUGCAACAAAUAACUUCAACACUGUAAUUGGACAAGGGGGGUUUGGAACUGUUUUCAAAGCUCAGUUUAGUGAUGGUUUAGUAGUAGCAGUGAAGCGGAUGGAUAAAGAUACGGAGCAGGCUGUGGAUGAGUUCUGCAGAGAAAUAGAGCUCCUUGCUAGGCUGCAUCAUCGUCAUCUUGUUGCUCUCAAAGGAUUUUGCAUCGGGAAACAUGAGAGGUUACUCAUGUAUGAGUAUAUGGCAAAUGGAAGCUUGAAGGACCACCUUCACACUCCAGGUAGACCUCCUCUGAGUUGGCGGACUAGAAUUCAAAUUGCUAUUGAUGUGGCAAAUGCCUUGGAGUACCUCCAUUUCUAUUGUGAUCCUCCCCUAUGCCAUAGAGACAUUAAAUCCAGCAAUAUUCUGCUAGAUGAGACUUUUGUUGCAAAGGUUGCUGAUUUUGGCCUUGCACAUGCUUCAAAAGAUGGAUCAAUUUGCUUUGAACCAGUAAACACCGACAUCAGGGGCACUCCAGGUUACAUGGAUCCUGAAUAUGCUGUCACUCGAGAGCUCACUGAAAAAAGUGAUGUCUACAGUUUUGGUGUGGUAUUGUUAGAGCUGGUGACCGCAAGGAGAGCAAUACAGGACAACAAGAAUUUGGUGGAGUGGUCUGAAGAAUUCAUGGCUUCAGAGUCGAGGCUUUCUGAGCUUGUGGACUCCAGUAUUGGUGAUCUAUUUGACUUGGAUCAACUUGAAACAGUUGUGUCAAUUGCCAGAUGGUGCACCCAGAAAGAAGGGAGGGCAAGACCCUCAAUUAAGCAAGUCCUUCGGCUUCUAUAUGAAUGUUCAGAUCCAAUACACAACAGGUUUAUUGAUGCUGUGGAAGAUGAAGAGUAUGAAGGAACUGAGGGGAGGAGACGAAAUAGUAAAGAAAAAUUACACAGAAGCGAAGCAAUUUUUCACAGUGGGGAUGGAAGGUGUCUUGCUUCGUCUUCAAGUACAUCUAGGUCUUAUUGCAGCAGGAGCUUUCUACUUGAAACUGGUUCUCCGCAAUCUCCUUCUGCCAUACCCUCUGUUUGAGGAUUGCCAAUCAUCUGUUUUAGCAAUUGAUGUUUGGCUGGAAAUUUUUGGGUGGAGCUUUAAUGACGAAGCACAGUCGCAUGCUGUCAUAAUUUAUUCAGGUACUUAUAGCUUUCAACCACAUUGACUAAAUUGAAGCUUUCUUUUAUAGAGAAAUUCAAUUGACUUAAGGAUGAUUGUUAGCCAUGGUAAGUUGAAAAAGAAAUUAGAGAAGAAAGAAUGAAGAGCAGGGAUUUUUGUUUUUGGUUAGAUGUUUUGAAAAUUUUGGUGGGGAAGAGCUAGAAAUAUGUAUCUGGGCUUAUAUUGUUAGGGGUGUAGAGCUACAAUCAGAUUUGUUUGUACCACCAAUUUGAAAUCUUCAAGGUUGUAAUGAAUUGCGAUUUUAUAAAGUUAUGUUUUGUCUUUUGUUCAGCUGACACCAUUAGCACCCAUGACCGCAUAUAAUAAGUUAACAACUCAUUUCUUUUAAAUUAUAAAAUGUAUUGGCAGUUAGCAAAGCUGGUACUUUUUUGAUAUGAUGACAAUAGAAUAUUAUAGCAAGGACAAAGCAUGUCUCUGCUUCUGACAGUAUCAAGUAUUAGUGCAUUCUGUACUUGUUUAUCACUUCUAGAAAUAUGAAAGAUGCAUCUUGAGAAAGCAAACUAAAUAAAUUAUUGUUGCAUGUUAUACAGAUUCACUUUGAAAUGAACUCGUCUUGCUUUAUCAUGAGAAUAUAUAAGGAUAUGAUCUUUCAUACUGUUGAUCAUUCACUUUAUUUUCUUAUUGUUUCCUGCGAGGACUCCAUUUUGGAGAGUAGAUCUUGUGCCAGAUAGGUUGUGUGUUCCAUCCAAGUAAACACAUAAACCUUCAUGGCAUCCCCAGAAGUGUAACACCCAUCUAGCGUGGUUUUUGGCAGUUUGACUUCUUUGGUGCUUUGUAUGGUUGUGUGAGUGUAAAACUCUGGUUUCCUUUGGAUUGCAAAAUAUAGCCUUACAGCAUCACAAAACUACUCUGAUAGUUUGUGGUCAACUGCAAAAUGAACUGGCAUAUUUCAGGAAAUACAUGAAACAAACCCUUAUCCUUUUAUUUUACUCACUAACAUCUCAGCUUAUCAAAAUAAUAAUAAUAAUAAUAAUAGUCAAAUAUAUUAGAAAAACAUCUUAGGUCAUUUGCCAAUCACUUGUUUUCAAUUUCCAGGAAUAUCAUAGCUGAUGAAAUAGUAGUUGGUCUUGUUUUCCGAUGGUCAUGUUCAUUGGAUGUGUUGAUCAAAAGUGAAUUUCCUUUCUUUUUAGAAAAUUCAGUUAUUUGAUUAUAUAGGUGAGCCAUGAAAUGACUCGCUAGUUUUCAGGUACAGCUUUUAAAACUUUUUUUGGCAAGUGGCCAAUUCUAGUCCAAGGCAGUCACAAGUUUAAAAGAGACCUACAGUUAUUCAACCAGCUUCGAAAUUUUUAGUUCUCUCCCAUGAAUACUGUUAGAAGUAAGCCUUAUAAAAGCAGGCCUACCUAGGUAGCGAAUUCUGUUGUAACUAUGUUUGAAUCCAAAGUAAAGAAAUCAUAUUGUUAAUCCUGAUUUGGCCCUCAUGAGUAGUUUCUCUGUCCAAGUAUCUUCUUUUGAUCAUUCCAUCCACAUCAAAUUAACAUCAUCUUUCACCGUCUUUGUGAUUUUCACCUUUUCCAAACAUACAAAGUUAGCCAAAAUAUCAUCUUUAGUGCAAUAUGUGUAACUUCCAAAACUUGUCAAUUGAUUUCAAUUUUUAGCUUCCUUACAUGGACCAGAGUACAGGUUACUCUGAACUCUGUAUAACAAGGAACAUUGAAUCCUCAAUCAAAUAUCCAAGGUCGGUACCCCUUACAAUGGAGCGUUUAACUUGUCCCAACGUGUCCUCUGUUUGCUCCUCCCCCUCCUCUCAAUUGGCACUGCAGCUGGUACACAUCUACAUGAACUUCACUUCUUCUCUGGAUGGUCUCUGCAUGUUCUUGAUGGCUUCAGUGCAUUUCUCUCCCAGUCCCACUUAAAAUAACGGGAGAAAAUGCCUGACCAUGUUGCCAUAUAUCCAGAAAGGUCUAAUGCACCUCCAUACAACCAUACAAAAUUUCUUGGCUUGUACAAGCACGCCUCUGGCUGGUGCCUUGCUUUGGUUGAUUGUAAGUGUUGUUGACAUUGGAACGUAGCCAUAAAGUGAGUUUCAACAAUAAUGGCAUGCCUUGCCAGCAUGAUGGCAUGAACAUGUCAAGCUGGAAGAGAGCUAAACUCUUCUCAUUGUAACAACAAACUUAUGGGGUGCACUCAUUCAGAAAACAGAUGAAGCACCCAUAUUGAAUGUAUUAAAAACUUAGGGUUAUGACACUCUGAGAGAUUACGAUGGUCAUGGAACUCAUGCACUGUCAGCAGCUGCUGGCAGUGGGGAGCUAUAUGCUGAGUACUGCAGCUAUGCCAAAAGGAACAGCCAUUUGUAUUGGCAUCAAAGGCCUGGCUGGCAACAUGCAAGUGUUAUUCCUCAACAAUGCAGUGUCUAGUGACUCUGGAGUGGAUCAAGCUACAGUUGAUGGUGUUCAUCUCUUGUCACUGUCAUUAGGGGUCACAGAGACACCAUUCAAUGAUAACCCAAUCGUUCUAGGAGCUUUCUCAGCAAUGGAGAAGGGGUUUUUUUGUCUCUUGGUCAUCUGAAAAUAGAGCCUUCAUGCUUAUGCAAUCCUCAAUGGAGGGGAAACCUUGAUUUGCAAUUUUGCUGCUCAAGUCACACUUGGAGAUGGGGUCCUUACAGUUACUAGGAAGUCUGUCUAUCCAGAAAAUCUGUUCAUCUCAACGAUUCCUAUUUACUUUGGUCAAAGAAAUAGAAUUAAGGAAACCUGUGACUUCUGUUCCUUAGAUCACAAGGAUGUUGAUGGAUCUUCUGUGUCUUCAAUUCAGAGGGCCAAGUUUUUUAUCUUUCAGUAUUAGUUUGAUAUGUACAAAUGCCAGAACUAUAGUGCAGCUCAGAUGCUGGCCAGUCUCUCUGACCUACUGAUUUCAAAAUGCCUUCUGUGACAUUGAUACCAAAGAGUAUGAUUUCAAGAUGGAGACCAAGUGAAGGAUUGCAUAAUGAAAUCUGAUAACCCAAGAGUACCAAUUUCCAGAGUUGCUUGCUUCUCCUCCCAGGGGCCUGAAUGAAGGGCUCCAAAGUUGCUUCGGAUAAUACAACUGUCUGGUACCUCCAUGGCAUCUCCUCCCAUAGUAGGCAUUUCUGCACUGGUAAAAGCUACCCAUGGACUGGAGCUGCUGCUAUCCAAUCUGCCAGGGCUUGUGUAUGGCAUAAUAAAGGUACAAGAUCAUGUCAAUUUCCUUUGUGGGUUUGAACCAUACUAGAGAAGAUCCAAAUUGUCACAAGAACAUGAUUUUCUUUUUCCAUGUGAUAUAUUGGAUCUCAAUUACCUAUCCUUUAUGGUUCUCUUAAUUAGUUAUACCUUCAAGAGGGUGCUGCCGGCGUUAUGGAUUCGAGAUCCAACUUUGCGCAGCAGCCAAGGGCUCCCUUAGGCAUGAAGGUUCUUGUGCAGAUGAACACAAUCCCUUUCCCUGAAAAUGCAGCACAGCUGAGUCCAGCUGAGAAUCAAGAUUGAUUUUGGAGCAGAGUCCGUGGCAGCCAUAUUUGUAAGAAGUCCUACGGCUUCUCCAUUUACUCCUUGUAUGAAAAAUUCUCAUCCGGUCAUCCCUAUAUGAAUCUUCUUUCCCAGCCAACUAAAUUUAAAGGUGAUUUUGAUUUUCAUCUGCCAUUUUUAGAAGAAGCCAAUCAAUAUUCCAGUAAAGUUGCAGAUGGCAUUUUACAAGCAGCCUGGCCUUUUUGCUAUUGGAAUCUGAGAACAGUUGCUUCUCUUUCUUGCAAGUUUGCCGAUGCCACUGAAUAAUCCAGGUCUAAUUCUGAUUAGGGUUUUUCUCUUUGUUAGACAGAUUGUUGCUCCAGGAUGGUGAUAAUGGUGGAUUAAGCAUAUGGGUUUGGACAAAAGCGGCAAUCAUUCUAUUAAUAGUAUUUGAAUACUUCUAUUUAGUAUUUAUUAUUAUUAUUAUUAUUAUUAUUAUUACUAUUACUCCCUUCAUUUCCCAAAGGGUUGGAUGAUCAUAUUUGAACUGUAAUAUAUCCCACCAUAUCUUCUUAGGAUAAUGCUACACGAACGGAAUAGUAAACAGAAAGUUAGACAACUCUAACAAAAUUACAUAUCUACCCCUUAAGGCAAAAGACAAGUUCACCCUGACCUCUGACUCUCACUUUCACUCUCUCCCUCUGUCAAAACCGCCCUCUCUCAAACCAAUCCAGUCUUAUCUCUCCCCCACUCUCUCUCUAUCAAAGCCCACUCUUAUCUCUCCCUCUCAAACCCGGUUGCAGCGUCCGCCCCCCACACAGUCGCUCGCACCGCUGUCACCGUCACCCCUGCCACCGCUGCUCGCACUGCCGUCGCCCAAG